CCUGAAAGAGCUGGACCUGAGCUACAAUCACCCAGGAGACUCUGCAGGGGGACUGCUUUCAGCUGCUCUGGUGGAUCCCACAUAUAAACUGAUGAAGCUGAAUGUGGAUCAUGGUGGAGAGUGCAGGCUGAAAUCAGGGCCGAGGAAAUACAGACCUCCCCCUCCGCCUCGUGUCAUUGGAGGCCAGCCGGCUUAUACCGUCCAUCGGAUACUGGAUUCCCGCCGGGUGCAGAGGUCCUGGCAGUAUCUGGUGGACUGGGAAGGCUACGGUCCCGAGGAGCGCUCCUGGGUUCCUGCCAAAGACAUACUGGACCCUGACCUCAUUCGUCAGUUCAGGGCCCUCCACCCCGAGAGAGCUGAUGCCUGUCAUCUCACCCUGGACCCAAAUACAGCAAACCCACACCUGAUACUGUCUGAGGGGAACAAGAAGUUGAAACGGGUGGUGGAGGACCAGCAUUAUGAAGACCAUCCAGACAGAUUUGACUUUCAUCCCCAAGUUCUCUGCAGAGAAGGCUUAUCUGGAGGUCGCUAUUACUGGGAGGUGGAGAGGGAUGGUGACGGGGCUUUCAUUGGUGUGGCGUACAAAGGAAUGAAGAGGAAGGGAGGGGAGAGUGACAGUAGGAUUGGACACAAUAAGGAGUCCUGGUGUUUAGUCUGCUAUGAUAGGGCUUAUAACUUUUACCAUAAUGGAGUCAUCAGAUACAGUCGACCAAAUACUUGUCCUGUUUCUAAGAGAGUUGGGGUGUAUCUGGACUGGCCAGCUGGUACGUUGUCCUUCUAUAGUGUGUCCUCCUCUGGUACAGUGACACACUUCUACACAGAACACACCACAUUCACUGAACCCCUCUAUCCUGGGUUUAUAAUGUACUCCUCCUCCUCAUUGACCCUGUGUCCGAUAGAUGACCAACACAUUCAGAGAGACCAUGGUGGAGAGAGUUUUAUCAAGCCUGGACCUGAGGACACCAGAGACCAUGGUGGAGAGAGUUGUAUCGAGCCUGGACCUGAGAACACCAGAGACCAUGGUGGAGAGAGUUGGAUCAAGCCUGGACUGAGGACCCCAGAGACCAUGGUGGAGAGAGUUGUAUCAAGCCUGGACCUGAGGACACCAGAGACCAUGGUGGAGAGUGUUGGAUCAAGCCUGGACCUGAGGACACCAGAGACCAUGGUGGAGAGAGUUGGACCAAGUUUGGACCUGAGGACACCAGAGACCAUGGUGGAGAGAGUUGGACCAAGUUUGGACCUGAGGACACCAGAGACCAUGGUGGAGAGAGUUGUAUCAAGCCUGGACCUGAGGACACCAGAGACCAUGGUGGAUCAAGUGUUGGAUCAAGCCUGGACCUGA